AAUCGCUGCGUGCUGUCGGCCAGCUCACACGUGGAAAGUUUUCUUCAGGGCUGGUGUUUAACACGAUGGGGUAAGCCGGGAAGGUUUGACUUUGCUGCCAGGGCAAACGUGACAGUCACCGACCUUGAGGAGCUGCAGGAGCUGCUGAUGGUUAAUAUAGAGAACAACAAACACCUGGUCACAGGGUCAGUCCGAGCCAAGGUACUGAAAUGGGGUGAAGAUGUAACAGAAUUUCAGCCUCCCCCCGAUUACAUACUAAUGGCCGAUUGCAUUUACUAUGAGGAGUCAUUAGAACCGUUACUGAAGACACUGAAAGACCUUACGGGCCCUGAUACGUGUGUCUUGUGCUGUUACGAACAGAGGACUAUGGGAAAGAAUCCUGAAAUUGAGAGAAAAUACUUUGAGCUGCUUCAGAUGGACUUUGAGCUGGAAAAAAUUCCCCUGGAUAAGCACGACGAGGAGUAUCGCAGCGAAGACAUUCAUAUCGUGAACAUCCACAGGAAACAAACGAGCUCUGGAGAAGAGGGAGAGGGUGUAGAAUAACACCACAAAGGGACUGUCUCCAGCGUGGUUUGUGACUCAUCUGCAGAAAACGGCUUCUGGAUGGUGGACUUGGCAUGAGGCAUCAGAAGAAGCGGGCUCGUUAGACAAGAUCCACCGUUAGCGCCUUGCGAGAGGACAGAUGUGAGCUGCUGGUGUCUGCAGGCUGAGGCAGGCAGAAAACGGAACCAGAGCAGCGCUGGCUGCGUGUUCUGGUUACCUCUGCCUGGCAGAGCGGCGGGCGGUUUCCCGAGGGCUUGCGCAGCAGAUCCGAGGACACCGCACCCCAGUCUCCGUGAGGAGAAAACUCUGCGAGCGGGCUCGAUCGCACAGCCCCAGGUAGCCAGUCAAUAAAACUUUGACACUUGA